AUGUCCGAAGAGCGAGGUACGGAGAGGAACUCGAGCAAAGAAGCACCAAGUACCCCGCAUUGGGAGAAAUCUACCGAAGAGGGAGAUAGUCAAGAGCACAAGCAGAAGGAAGACACCGCAAGCUCUAAGAUACAUCGCAGUUAUGUGCUGCCAGAUACCUUAAAUGCCUACCAGCUGCCAUGGGAAUGGGAUGAGACAGAUUCCGAAUACCUUAUCAUCAAAAGAUGGGUGUCCGAAGACUUCCAGAAUGACCUUUUUCGUCAUACCCGAAGUAUUCGAGGAGAGAGACAUAUUCCUCCAACAGCGACUUUUCGAACCGUGGUAGAUACACCCGGAUCCGAAGACGACUGGAUUGAGGAAUCAGAAACCAGCAGACGGCGUCGAUCGCGGAGUCCGCAAUACUAUCGCGAGGAAGAGGAAGACGAGGAAGAAGAAGAAGAAGAAGAAGAGGAAGAGGAAAUGUUUGGAAGACAGAUGAUUGCUUUACCAGAUCCACUAAGCUUUGAUGUGAAUCUCAGGAACCCCAGCGUCAAUCGGCCUGUUGACGAAUUUAGAGCUGAUCCAACUCACCGAAAGUAUGCGACUCAGAGGAUAGACGUUGCAAGUUCUCAGAUGCCGGGGUAUGGAAAAGUAGUUCUAUAUCGAUCAGAGCCGACAGUUGAUGUUGUUUCUCAGUUCUCAUGGAUGUAG